CCAAAUUGGAUUGUAAACAUGAUCUGAACUUACCCCCAUUUUAUUUGCUGUUGGUGUUGCUAUAUGAGUUUACGGUAUGCUCGCAACAGCCUAAUAGCCCCUUCUGUGCUUCCCUGACACAAAAUGGCAAACGCGAGGGGCAGGCAAAUGUCUCGUAAAGCUACUGGCUUGACAAAUAAAUAUACAUCAUUGUUUGCUUCAAUUUGGGAUUCAGCAAGGACAAGAAUCACAAAGCAUGUUUCCAAAAAUAAUAUAAUGAACUUAGUUUUUAAUCCUACUUACUGCUGGAUAUCAGCUGUCCUACUAAUUUUUGCUGAAAUCCUUCUCAAUAGCUGGAUCAUCCACAAUGUAAAAUAUACUGAGAUUGACUGGAAGGCAUACAUGCAGGAAGUUGAAGGGUUUUUGAAUGGAACCUUUGACUACAAUUUGCUUAAAGGAGACACUGGACCGCUUGUGUACCCUGCAGGAUUUGUGUACAUCUUCUCUGGGUUAUACUACCUGACGGACAGUGGACGCAAUGUGCUACUGGCUCAGUACAUCUUUGCUGGCCUCUAUGUUCUCACUCUUGCUCUGAUCUUCAGGCUUUACUGCAAGAGCAGGAAGGUGCCACCGUAUGUGCUGGUGUUGCUAAGCUGCUGCUCGUAUCGUGUGCACUCGAUCUAUGUGUUGAGGCUCUUCAAUGAUCCCGUGGCUAUGUUCUUCCUCUAUGGGGCACUCAACCUUUUCUGUGAGGGAUGGUGGACUCUUGGCAGCUUCCUUUUCAGUUGUGCUGUUUCUGUGAAGAUGAACGUUCUUCUUUUUGCUCCUGCUUUACUACAUGCCUACAUGAUGUCACUGGGCCUGCUGGGCACAUUCCUACAGCUGUCUGUCUGUGCUGCAGUACAGGUCUUGAUGGGAGCUCCUUUCUUGUUACACAAUCCCUUAUCAUACUUGAAAGGAGCAUUUGACUUGGGACGCGUUUUUCUCUACGAGUGGACGGUCAACUGGAAAUUAUUGCCCGAGGAUGUCUUCCUAGAUUGGCGUUUUCACGUCGGUCUCGUGGGAGCUCAUCUACUGCUGCUGGCGCUCUUUGCAGCUCUACAGUGGCACAGGUGUUUGCGUGGGUUGCAGACGUUCCGACGUAGCAACGUGGGAGUGAGUUGUCAGUUGCUUCUGCUGCCCCUUUUCUGCAGCAAUUUUAUAGGCAUGGUUGUAAGCCGGUCACUGCAUUACCAAUUCUACGUGUGGUACUAUCAUAGCCUGCCUUACCUGGCUUGGUCAACAACACUACCAACAACUUACAAGCUUCUUCUUCUUGGCCUCCUAGAGCUUGCUUGGAACACAUUUCCUGCAACCAGCUGGAGCUCGGGACUUCUGCACUUGUGCCACUUGGUGCUUCUGCUUGCUCUUUUCUUUAACAGACCUUCGAAAGAAAAUUCUAAGAAGAUGGCUCAGCGUCUUCUAAAAAAUGGCUCCCAAAAGACCAAGAAAGAAUCUUGAAUUGGUAUAUUCGGCAUUAUUUUAUGUUAUGUGCACAAUUUGAAUUGAAAUUCCCUGUGAUGCGGUUUUAGUGACGGUACAAUGUCUCUUUUUGCUUCCAAAAUAUUCCUGUUUUGGAUCCUAACUUUUAUAAGCUAAAUGUAGAGUCUUACAGUAUGGUCAAUCUGUUAUAAUAGCGUGAUAAAGAGUUGCUUCAGAACUCUUUUGAACAUUCCAGUUAUGAGAUCCCAUUUGGACGAAAAUAUUCCUGUUAUGUGGGCAAAAAGAAAUUUCUAUUGAAAAUUUUAGCUUUAAAAUUCUGUAACUGAAAACCGUUCUCCUGUCUAGAAAUUUCAGGCCGAUGGAAAAUCCGAAACAAUAAAUAAAGUAAUAAAUACCUGGUAGUAUAUUGCGGGCUUUAGUUUUUUUCGUAUUAACUAUAAGGAUUCAUUUAUCUGGAUUUGGAGAUUAAUGAACGCUAUAAACCUUGGAACACCGGAAAGUUUGUUUGACGUUGCAAGAAAAUCGUUUUUUUUUCCGAAACGCGGUUGCCUCAAUUAGUUUCAUUUGUAUUAUGAUAAUUCAUCAUCUAGUCAUCAAGUUGACUCCACCUCUGUGCGUUACGUUUUAAUUUAAUGGUGCUUAAAUCCAAUGAUGAGGAACAGUGUAAUUUGCGUUUGAACUUUUGACGUGCUGAGCCCUGUGUUUUCUUCCCUGUUUAGAGUUUCGUAUUUUUUUUUUUCAAAUCGUUUGUGUGGUGUGUUGAAAGUUUUUAAAAUGUUUUACUCUUCAUGAACUCGCUCCUGCGUCUUUUGUUUCCUUCAUUUAAGUUAGUGGAGGACACAUGUUCACAACUUGUUCAAACAAUGUUAAUUCAAUUAGUUCCUUUUAGUAUAUCGACUAGACUUUUUGUGUCAAAAUUUCUGAAACCCUCUGCGUUAUCCUUGAUGAUCAAUUAGCUGACGUUUUUUACUGUAUAGUAAAUGAAAGGUUCCUGA